UGUGCUUUGUUGUUCUGAAAUAUUUUAUUUAAAAUGGGGUUUACGUCUUUUAAGUCCAACGUUGAAGCAGGCGACAUUGUUAUUAUUUUCAUGGGACAUGAUUCCAUGUUUCCUCUUUAUGUGAAAAAGGGUGAAAUAUCGCAAACAAAGUUUGGUGCCAUAAAACAUGACCAAAUAAUCAACCAUAAAUAUGGUACAAAAUUUACAUGCUCAAGGGGCUGGGUGUACGUGCUGCAUCCUACACCGGAGUUAUGGACCAUUACAUUGCCUCAUCGAACACAGAUUCUUUACACAGCAGAUAUUUCAAUGAUAUUGUUCCAACUUGAUUUGAAACCUGGAUCUGUGGUUUGUGAAUCAGGCACUGGUAGUGGUUCAUUAUCACACGCAAUAAUUCGAACUAUUGCACCCACUGGUUUCCUUCAUACGGUUGAGUUUCAUGAAGAUCGUGCGAAUAAAGCAUCCUUGGAAUUUAAAAAGCAUGGCUUAGCGGAUUAUGUCACAGUUUAUAAUAGAGAUGUGAUCAAGUUGGGGUUUCCUGUCACUUCUGUAGCAGAUGCAGUUUUUCUUGAUAUUCCGUCACCUGAUGACGCUAUUUCAGCUGCAGCUAAUGCCUUAAAACAAUCUGGUGGAAGACUAUGUUCAUUUUCACCAUGCAUAGAGCAAGUACAACGUACGUGUACAAACCUCCGGCAACAAGGUAGCGGUUUUAAAGAUGUCCAGGUGUUUGAGCUCAUACGCCGUUCAUGCAACGUUAAGCGCGUGUUUGUCCCGAUGGCUGAUCUCGGAUUGGACAACGAUGAAGUUAGAAGUAAAGUAGUUGGCGAAUCGAACGUUCUUCCUUGUGCGUAUGAUACAACAGAUGUAUUACCUCUUGGGGAAGUAGUAAUGCGAACAAACCAACAAGAAACUGACGCGUUUUCCAAACGCAACAAAAGGCAAAAGACGUCAUCUGGUGCCAUGGAAACCGGCUGUAACACUCCCAGUUUAUCAGCCGUGACACAAAAGCACGCGUUUUGUUGCAGAACAUGUGUAUUACCAAAAGAAACCUAUGGACAUACUGGUUUCCUUGUCUUUGCGACGUACCAACCAAAUGUAAAAAAAGCUGAAUAAAACAGAAGUAAUUUAUCGUUUUCAAUAAAAAGUAUCUUUCAGCGGGUAAAAAAUGCUAUUCAUAUCUUUCGCCUUUGGUUUCACGAAACAAAAAUAUUUGCGAUUGACCUUUAAAAACUAAAAUUUUGAAACACGAUACUUGGUUGGUUUGG